CAUUCUCACCUCCCUUUAUAUACACCUCCAUAUCCCUUCUUCCUUCCUCCUCCGCCUCCCUCUUUCACCAGCCCCUCUUCCUUUCUACCAGCCAGCGGGCGGGAGUUCUCGGGUCCCCGAGAUCUCGCCGGAAUUCUCCCCGUGAUCGCCAUAAUCUGCUAGCAUCUGGCGUUGAUCUCGCCGGAACCAUGGCUUCCGGCAGAUACAUGCCCUACUCCCCCUCCCCCUCCACCGCUCCUCAGUCCCCUCACAUCUCCGGCAUACGCUCCGCCACAAGCGCGUUCGUCGAGCAGGAGAAGUAUCUAGCAGAGUUGCUCGCAGAGCGUCAGAAGCUUAGCCCUUUUACGUCAGUACUGACCCACUGCUAUCGAUUGCUGAACCAGGAAAUUUUGCGUGUAACCACACUGUUGGGGAAUGCCUCUCUUUUAGAUCAAACUGGGCUUGAACAUGGUAGCCCGCUGACCACUGGAGGACUGUUUUCAAAUGGAGGAGCAGCCGAUAUGAAUGGGUGGGCAUCACCAUUUCAACCAGAAAGGUUAGGAUUGUUACAGCCUUCAUCAGCACAUGGCUGGCUUGGACCACAAGGCAGCUCCUCAGGUCUCAUUGUCAAAAAAACUAUCAGGGUUGAUAUUCCUGUGGACAAAUACCCAAAUUACAACUUUGUUGGGCGGCUCCUUGGUCCUCGAGGAAACUCUCUCAAGCGAGUGGAAGCAAGUACUGAAUGUCGCGUCCUAAUUAGAGGUCGGGGCAGCAUCAAAGAUCCUGCACGGGAGGAAAUGAUGAGAGGAAAAUCAGGGUAUGAACAUCUGAAUGAACCCCUUCACAUACUAAUAGAAGCAGAGUUGCCGGUUGAAAUUGUUGAUGCUCGCUUGAUGCAAGCUCGUGGCAUUCUUGAAGACCUCCUGAAGCCUGUGGAUGAAUCCCUAGAUUUCUUCAAGAAGCAGCAGCUUAGAGAGCUUGCCAUGCUCAACGGGACACUCCGUGAAGAAGGUGCACACACAUCACCUUCUGUCUCCCCCUUCCACAACAGCCUCAGCAUGAAGAGGGCCAAGACGAGGGGUUAGAUCGAGUGAGAUUGCCUUCUUGCUGGCCCUCUCUCUGUGGGCCCUCUGUUACUGCCCUGUUACAGCCAUAUCUCCAUUAAAGGUUGCCUUGUCAAAUCCAUGCUCUCGUAUACUAAUCUGUGCAAUGGGGUGAAGGCACGCUCUUACUCGGGUUCUGUCUUAGAGUGCAUGUCCCUGCUAAUGGGGGAGGUUUGAUGGAUAUGGGAUACAGACAGCAAACCAUUUUGGGUUGUGGAAUCUGCCUAUGUUUGUACCGUACUAAGUGAAGAACAGAAAUCUGUCCUUGUGAUCGUAAUAGAGUUAUAUAUGCUUGUGUUUUUUUUACAGUUUUGAUACCAUCAUAGGUGUUGUAUAGAAAUAAUCAGUGAGUUUGUGUAUAAAGCUGUGAGACAGUAGUCCGUAGUCACCCAAAGCAGGUCUGGGUAAUUGAGCGUCCUCAAUAUUUAGUGGUCCAAAUCUCAUUUAUGUUAGCGGUUUCCUGGUGCAUGUAUCUCUGAAUGCAGCUUAUUAAAGGUCAUAGAUUGUCUGUUUAGGAAAACAAUCUCAUUGGAUGUUGCUUUUGCCGUUAAUGUCUGAUAGAAACAUGAGUGGAACAGCGUUGAAGUCA